AGACUAUAAAAGGGACUAGGCCUCGAGGACGCCAAAUAAAAGGGGUGCACUUCCACCUCAUUUUUGAGGUCAGACUGUCAGGCCACUGCCGUUUGGAUUCCAGGUGCCUAUGCGCCUCAGGCUUUGCCCCUUUUAAGGCAAGCGUCCUGGUUCCGGGGGGCGGAGCUUCUCCCGCCGUACACUGGAGCCCAGGAAGGCGCUCGCCGAUUCCCACACUGGGUCAGCGGCCGGCGGCACGGACGUCCGUUCCGUGCGCGGGGCUCACGGGCAGCUUUCGAUUGGCUACCUCACUCGGGCCGCCCUCUUCCUCGUGCCCACCCACAGUCCUCCCUCGGGUCGGCGGAGAGUCUCUGCCUUUCCCUUCCUGACCCCUAUCCCUUCCUUCCCUCUCCCUCCCCCUUCCCUGCUGCUGCCGCCGCUGCCGCUGCCGCUGCCGCCGCCGCCGCCUCCGCCGCCUCCGCCUCGGGAGGAGCUCGUCCGUCUCGGCGAUGGGUUCCCGGGCCUCCACGUUAUUGCGGGACGAAGAGCUCGAGGAGAUAAAAAAAGAGACCGGCUUUUCCCACAGUCAAAUCACCCGUCUCUACAGCCGGUUUACCAGCCUGGACAAAGGAGAGAAUGGUACUCUCAGCCGAGAAGACUUCCAGAGGAUUCCAGAGCUUGCCAUCAACCCCCUAGGGGAUCGGAUCAUCAAUGCCUUCUUCCCUGAGGGAGAGGACCAGGUAAACUUCCGAGGAUUCAUGAGAACUCUAGCUCACUUCCGACCAAUUGAAGAUAAUGAGAAAAGCAAAGAUGUGAAUGGACCAGAACCACUCAACAGCCGGAGCAAUAAACUACACUUUGCUUUUCGAUUAUACGACUUGGAUAAAGAUGACAAGAUUUCCCGAGAUGAAUUGUUACAGGUACUACGCAUGAUGGUUGGAGUGAAUAUUUCGGACGAGCAGCUGGGCAGCAUUGCAGACAGGACAAUCCAAGAAGCUGACCAGGAUGGGGACAGUGCCAUAUCCUUCACAGAGUUUGUCAAGGUUUUGGAGAAGGUGGAUGUAGAGCAGAAGAUGAGCAUCCGGUUUCUUCACUAAUAGAUUGGGACCAAAAUUGUUCCUGACUGUCUUGUAUUUAAGAAGCGGAACUUGAGUUUUUUUCCCUCUCCCUUCAGAGUCCUUCUCUUCCCGAGCGCUGCUGCUGUUGCAUGACAAACCCUGCCCUGUCUGUGCCAGCACACACCUGCCAGCCUUGGUGUUAGAAGUAGGGCACUAAGGAAUGAAUGGUACACCUGGGCUCUCCUGCUCUCUUUGGUUUCUCCAUUUAUUAAUAUUGCCUUUCCUUCUUGUGCUGCUGUAAGCUAUAAAUCCAUCAGUCUGAGGAAGGGAGGGAGGGAAGCACUUCCACCCAUCCCCAAAGAGCCAGCAAAGCCUCUUCCUGGAUGGCGACUGGAGCCAUACAUAUGUUCUAGUCAGGUUUUAGCACGCCUCUUCGACUUUCUCUAAUGUCUCCACCUGCACGUAUGUAACUGCACAGCCAGUCCUUUAGUCUCAGCAUUCCUUUUUAUUGAGCCUCACCCUUGUUCUUCUUUCCCCCAAGCUAUGCCUAUCACACUCGCACAUCUCUGAUUUUUCAGGGCUUAUAAGGUCUGUGAAGUGGCUUGAUGGUUUUUAACCACCUUCCACUCUUAACUGAGACUCUAGGACAUUGCCUCCCCAGGAGCUUUUGGGUACCUACUACUCUUCCUUGAAGAAUAGGAACAUCCUUGGGCUCCUUACACUGUGUUGUAGUUGAAAGACUGCAGCAUGGAGGCAUCCUUCCUGAAAGCAGCUGGCCAAGGUGAGAGGUGGAGGUCAGGCUCUCUGGGUGGGUUCACUUAGGUCACCUCACCUCUGGUCUCUGACCUGCAUACAGUAUUUACCCUUCGGAAACUGGCCAUCCACCUGGAAGCAGGCUUGAUUUCUAGGCCGGUAUCACUGGGAUGGUGUCUGUGGCAAUAUGUAUGAGAUUUCUCGUGGCUCCUUGGAAGGGGAGGCAGGCUUAGUGUCCUGAGAUCCUCGGUAUUGACACCUACAGCAUGGUUUAUACUUCGAUAUUACUACACUGAAGUAUCUUAUAUUUUGAGUGUCCAAGUAGACAAAUUAGUGUUAAGGAAGUGCCUAAUUUAUCCCAGACCAAGAGAUUUUUAAGAUUGUCCUCAGUAUCUUGAAGUUUUGCACACAAAUUCUCUUUGAAAUUGACAUUUGCAAAUGAUUAUGCUGGAAUUCGUAGCCAGCUCCUGUUACAGGUCCAAAGAGAUGAAUGUAUUGCAAAGUUAGCCUUCUGGUUAACUAGCUUCCUAGAUCCUCAUAUACCAUAGCUGAUUCUUCACAUCCUGAGGUGGGUUUGUAGGCCCUUGAAAACAAGCCAGAGCAACUUCCCUGCCAAAGUCAGCUUAAUUGAGGCUUCCCUGAAUCAGGCUGUGCCGUGCUAACUGUUGUAUGAGUUGAUUCAUUUCUAUAUCUGCCCUGGACUGGCUUUUUCCUGGCUCCUUGCUUGCUUGUUUGCAUCAGAAUACUGAUCAAAGUGUACGUGGGAUUCUUUGGGAAGGUACCUUGCUGACCUAUCCUGAAUCAGAAUGCCAGCUGAAAAAGUGGGGUAGGGGAAGGAGGUGGUCAGGUGGGGCGGUGUAGAAGCAAAUUGCCAGUGACUUUCCCAUGAGGGAAUGAACCUAGAUUACUGUUCAGAUGAUGUAAUAUAGGAAUUGUAUAAAAGGGAAGAAUUGUCCAAUGUGAUCUGUUAGAGAGGUACUUUAGUGGCUUCACAACUUGCAUAUUUAAGGUUCUUAAAGGAAAAAAAUGCAUUUUCUCCCUUUGGCUGUAUAGCAAACUGUUUUAAUCCACGGUUGUGCCUUACUGUCCAUUAAAAUUGUAUUCUUCGAUCCAUCAAUAAAUACUUGUGGUUAAAACAAA